UUGUUCUUCUGCCACUCUUCGCGGUGUCUACCACUCUGCACCUCAUGUGCACGGUUUUGAUCCACUCUACCCCGGCAUUUCAUCCCCUCUUGGGACGUGGUGGCACUCCCAAGGACACACUUGUCAAAUUUUAAAGUUUGUUUGGGGUUUUUCGAAGCGGGAAAAGUUUGUGAUUUGAUUUUGUGCAAUUCUUUUGUGAUAGUAUUUUUUAGGUGAAAUAUGAACUUCCCCACGUUUGGUGUGGGCGUUCCCUUAUCGGCCGCCCUUCCCGUGGCUACCCAAUUCUCUGCUGGAAAAAUCACCCAAAGUGUUACAACUCCCAACGGACAAGUAGUCGGUGUGCUUCAAGGAGGAGAGAAUGGCGUUCACUACAUCAGGCCUUUGGACGCCAAUGCUUUCGCAACAGCAACCACUCAGGGGCAAAGCACGGGCCCGACGCAAACCCUCAUCACGUUACCUAUUACAAUGCCAGGGGCGAAACCUGGAGACCCCCAACAGCAUGUCCAAAUUCAAGUCGUAAAUCCCGUACAGACUCAGACUUUCGGACAAGGUGCGACAGUGUUGACGGUGGCGUAUAACCCCAACCAGGAGGGGGGCAUCCAAAUUGUGGAUGGCCAGAAUGGAAUUACCGAAGGGAUGACGGUUGUAGCCGCUCUUCAGCCCCAAGACAUCCAAUUGAUCCAAGCCGAACCUGACAAAAACAAUAAAGACGCGGCAACCCCCGUUGCUUUAAUAAAAAACGAAAUGGCCAAUAAAGAGGAGGAGAGUAGCGAAGCUGGAACUUCCAUAGCUGCUAUCCCCGCCCAAUAUUUACAAAAUGCUAGCGUCCAAGAAUACCUACAAAAGAUGCAACAACACAGCACGUUACCUUUAAGUCUUCAACAAUUUCUAAAAUUUAAUAACCCGGAAAUUAAGCGGGAACAAAUCACCGAUGAGGGUGUAAUCGAGACGAUUAAUAUCUCAACCGAUGAUCAAGAGCAACUUAUUUUGAACGAAGUCGAAGGCGAGAUGGAAACCGAAGAAAGCGCCGAUGAUCCAGACAAGGGAAAAAAGAAGAAGAAAUACAAGAAAAAACCACCGAAACCGAAGAAACCCAAGCCGGGACAAGUUCACAUCGCUACUGCUUUAGACGGUACAACACUCUUUUGUUGUCCGGAGUGUCACAUGGCGUACCCCGAGAAAGAAUUAUUGGAACAACAUUUAGUAGGGCAUAAAAUCGAGCGGAGGUUUAUUUGCGAUAUCUGUGGCGCUGGUUUGAAACGAAAAGAACAUUUAGAACGUCAUAAGUUGGGGCAUAAUCCGGAGAGGCCGUUCGUUUGUUCGGUUUGCAUGAAAGGUUUUAAAAGGAAGGAACAUUUAAAUCUUCAUUUUGUUAUUCAUUCGGGAGAGAAAACGGAAAUUUGUGGGGAAUGCGGGAAAGGGUUUUAUAGGAAGGAUCAUCUGAGGAAACACGCGAGAUCUCAUGUAACCAGAAGAGCGAAAGAGCAAGCUGAAAGGAAUCAGAAUAUUCUGAUUAAGGAACCGACUACACAAGUCACAAUACAGGUCCCUACGUCUCAAAUGCAGAUUCCUGUUCAGAUACAGGUGCCCCAACACCACAUCCAAGUUACCGCGAAUUCGGAAGAAGACGGCAAUCAAGUUAGUACGGUGGUCUUGCCAACUGCGUCUGAAGGGAUUAUGUUGCCCCAGAACUAAACUAGUAAAUAAGUACUAUAAGUGAUCUUAAUGAACAUUGUUAAACAUUUUUAUAAUGUAUAUAUUAUAUGGACAUACAUAUUCAUAUUUAUUCUCUAUAUUUACCGAUGUGUAGUUUGUUAAAUGCUCCACAACGUGAUCAUGAUCUGAAAGAAUUGACACGUGAAUCAAUCAUGUUUUCUUGUUGGUCUGAAUCGAGUUUUUAUUUAUUUUAUUUUUAUGUUCUGUUCUUUAUUUUUAUUUAUUCAGUAUUAUGGUUAGCAGACUAACGCUUGAAUCAGUUGCAAUACAUUGAGAAGUACAAACGUACAAUUCAUUCUGUUUUUAACCAAAGGUUAUUUCUUUCUCUAAAAGACACCCCGCCUCUCUGUACGUGGAACCAGAUAAUGUUAUUUUGUACAAAAUGAUUUAGUUUAGUUGGUUUUGGGUUUAAUCUAAUUUGUAAACUUUGAGCAAUGUAUCUGUAGUUCGCUUUUGUUUCUGGGAAAGUUGGAAAUAUUUAUAUUUACGAUUUAUAUUAAUUUUAGUAAUAAACUCUCCACGCGUUGUUUACUUAACAAAUUUUUGUUUUAAAAAAUUAGAGAGUUUACUACCAGCUAUGUCACUGAAGACUGCGUGUAAAAUUUGAAUAAUUCAAUUCGGACUCUUGAUUGUGAUCCAUAUGUAGGACGUAAUUUAGUUUCACAGGAAGUUGAAACUUGGGAACGAAUGUUGAAAUUUACUGUAUUUUUUUAUACUACUGACAUUUAAUUACAUUACAUAAAAAUAAAGAUGUUUUUUUCUUAAA